UACAGUAUCUAAAGGCAUUUGUGCCUGAAGCCACGGAAGAUAGAUGGACAAGCCAAGCAACUUCUGACUCUGCAUCAUUUUCUGGGGCAAAAUUAUAUGGCAAUGUAUCCUACAAGGGUGUCCGGUGAGGAAUGCAAUGGGAUCAAUAGCAUGUCGGCGGAGAGCGGCCCUGGAACGAGACUGAGAAAUUUGCCGGUAAUGGGGGAUGGACUAGAAACCACCCAAAUGUCUACGACGCAGUCCCAGGCUCAACCCCAACAAGGCAGUGCUGUAGGCGUUAAUCCCCCUCCGCCGGAGACCUCCAACCCCAACAAACCCAAGCGACAGACCAACCAGCUGCAGUAUCUGCUCAAGGUGGUGCUGAAGACGCUAUGGAAGCACCAGUUUGCGUGGCCUUUCCAGCAGCCCGUGGAUGCCGUCAAGCUGAACCUCCCU